AUGGUCAUUGUUGAAGAAUCAGAACCAAAGGUAAAAAAGGAUAAAAAUGCUGAAAAUAGAAAGAUAAUCUUCAAGAGGGCUGAGCAAAAUAGUAAAGAAUACAAAAUAAAGCUAUUUUGCUUAGGACUCUCAUCAACAAAACCAAUAUCUACCAUGGCUGUUGAUUAUUUUCCCAAGCAUUUGGUGUUCAACAUCUUGUUCAAAUUACCCGUUAGAAGUGUUGUUAGAUUCAGGUUUGAAUAUUUGGCUUUUUCUUUUCUUUGCAAUGAUACAUUUGACAUGUCUCCCCCACAAGAAAUUCCAUAUCCUCAUGAUAUAAUGGAAAAAUGCUCUUUCGUUGACAUCGUGGGUUCUUGCUGUAAUGGUGUAAUUUGCCUCCGUGAUGGAUAUUUCUUUGGGUAUUUGCUUGGGUUAUGGGAUGAUGUUUACAACUACGAGAGUAAUAUUGUUCUAUGGAACCCAACUACUUCUGAAACUAAGAUACUACCUCAAUCCAAUCUUUCACAUCCUCCUUCUGAGUCUUUUUCACUGGAAAUUGUAGAAUUUGGAUUUGACUCCACAACAUGUGAUUACAAAGUACUCAGGAUUUUUGAGUAUUUGACUCAUGAUAAUCAAUGUGAUUACCUGGCGGAGAUCUAUAGUCUGAGGGAUGAUACUUGGAGAAAACUUGAUGUCUCUCUGAAUUCUUGGGAGUUGCCUAGUUAUAAGUUCGAAAAUGGCGACUCUGAGUAUAAUUAUGAUCAUAGAGCUCAUACGGGUGCAAAUGGUACAUUUCAUUGGUGCGCAAAAGAGAGAGACCAUAGUCGAGACUUAAUUGUUUCUUUCGACUUGAGCAAUGAGGUUAUUAAAACAACAGCUCUACCAGAUGCUUUCAGUUCUCGCUAUUUUUGGCGGACAAUUCUUUGCUUGAAUGAGCAUGUUGUUUUGUCUCUGUCUACUAAUCGUCAUGUGGAGUUGUGGGUAUUGCUUGAAUAUGGAGUUGAAGAGUCUUGGACUAAAUUAUUUACUGUAGCACACCCAGAAUAUUUGGAGAUGGCCCUGCCAUUAGGAUUUUCAAGGAAGGGCGAGCUAUUUUUCUCAUCGUGGAGUCAACACUUGCUCGUAUGGAACCCUCCUGAAGAAACAAUUAGCCCUGUUCCUGUAGAAGGAGCAGUACAUACAAGCAAUCACUUGCAAGCUGUCCCUUACAUGGAGUCCCAUACUUCAUUGAAGGGUUGCAACAAAUUAGAAGAUGAGCAAAAUUCUGGAGAUGCAGCUCAAUGUUGA